CUGCUUCUAUCAUUACCGACAUCCAAUACAAAGACAAAACCGAUGGCACCGUUAAAAGACCUAGGCCUAGGCCAAAUCCUCGCCCGAGCCCUCUCCUCAUCAACACUCUCACAGCCACCAACUCUCGUCUCCCGUCAAACCGUUGAAACCGUCACCGUCGCUGUAACAAACGAUGGAAACAACAACUCAAACCUAAGCGCCGGCGCAAUUGCAGGGAUUGUCAUUGGUUCCGUCUUUGGGGUUCUCCUCCUUCUCUGGAUCAUUCGCUCGUGCCUUAAUCUGGGUGCGCCGCCGCAAGAGAGGGAGAAGUGGUAUCAUUACAAGGAAGAGCCUCGGCACCAUCACCACCGCUCGCGAAGCAGACGGUCCCAUCGGUCGAGCAUUUCGGCGCCGCCGCCUCUUGUUGUUAGGGAAUCGAGAUCGCGGAGUCAUCGACGGGGAAGGUCGCCUGGGCAUCAUGGUCGGGAUCGCAGUACACGGUAUUAUGUCUAAGAAUAGCGCAUCACAUUAUAGUCACGUCUCUGGAAAAUAACGAUUUACGACAUCAAAGAAGGCACAACGUUAAAGGGAUGGAUGAUAUACACGAA